AUGGCUUCUUCUUACUCCUGCGGGGGGCGAGGGACCGUGACCAUGGACGAGGAACGAAAGCAGGCCACCUGGCAGCUGACAGCGGAAGAUCUGCAAGGAGCGUCCAGUGGCCGCUAUGUCCAUGUGGAAGCCGACGCCAGCAGCUUUUUCGGAAGCGCCAACAUGCAACUCACGCAUUUACUUCUCUAUCCUCGCGGAGGCUGUGGUGGCCCAGAUGGCCAGGCCACUGUACAGUGUCGCCUCAUCGGAGAUCAAGCUGCAUUCGUGUGGGUCCGCCUGGGCUCGACGAACCAGGUACCGUUACUGGCGCACCCAGGUCGAUGGACUGACCCAGCGCAUCUCCCGCAGCCAAGCCUGUCGUCGACUUGGACCGUCACCGUGAGAGUGUUCUCCAACGCGGAAUUCCAUUUAGAAUUCCAGCACCAGAUGCAAGAGCUAACAGUGGCCCGGGAUCAGGAGCUCGCAGCAGCCAGGGCAGCCCGAAGGGAGACUGCACAACUCCGAGCUCUGAUGGACACAGCGGCCGACGUGGCCGACGGUACGGCCCAGCGUCUGGCCGCGGCUGCUGGGAAGAUCCAGGCCUCCUUUCGGAAGUCUGUCUUCCGUCGGCGCGUGAAGGCGGCGCUGGGCGCGAUGGCGAGGCAGCAGCGACACGUGAAGCUCACGGCUGCCGCUUCCUGUGUCCAAGCCCUCUGGCGAGCCAGGCAGUUGCGCAGAGAGCGCCGUCGGCAGGAGGAUGUCCGCUGGGCAUCGGCCACUCACUACGAUGCGAUCCUCGCUUUCGACUCUUUAUCCGAGUUCCUCUCCACGCGAGAGGUCUGCUUCUUGAAAAACGUGGAAUCCAAGUUGGACGUGGUCCAGCAAGGGAACUUUCGCAUCGUGGCAGUGGUUGGUCUCUUUGACAAAGGGAAGACAUGGCUCUUGAACAAGCUCUUCGGUGUGAACUUGCCCUCUGGAAAGCUUCACACCACCAAAGGCUUGAGCUUCCUUUGGGUGGAGGACCGCCGGAUGCUGAUCAUUGACUCUGCCGGUGUGCAAUCCCCGGUCUCCUACCGUGCGCAGGCAGUCGAUGCGAUUUGGGAUGCGCGCAACACCGAGACGCUGGUCCUGGAAAUGAUCUCUCGCAUCGCUCAUCACAUGAUCUUCGUGGUAAGUGACACUACGUGGUUCGAGCAGCAGAAAGUCGCCGAAUUGCACCAGAAGUACGUGCAGCGCCGGCAGCACAGAGAGCUGAUUGUUGUUCACAACUUGAGCACAACCUCCCAAGUGGAAGUUGCACGUGCCCUGUUUGAGCGGCAGGUCACACGGUGCUACGAUGGUGUUCCGUCGCACUUGGGCGACUUGAUCUUCACGGCGGAUGCUGGCGAAGGGACACCUCCGGUACACCAUAUUGGACUGUGCCAGGAGUAUUCAGCAGCCGGGGACAGGUUCAAUGGCAAGAACAGGGAGUACCUCUUGCAGAGCCUGGAGCAUGGAAGCAUCCUGGGUUCGCAUUUAGCCCUUGCAGAGACGUUCAGCGCGGAGUUGUCCAAGCUGAUGCCGAAGUUCGCCAGCAUCGAAGCAGGCGUGCCUGAAGUGGCCGCCAACACGACUGGUGCUGCGACGCAAGCGAUCUCUGUGAAGUUCUGCACAAGAGCCGAGGCGACAGAGGGGGUGAUUCUGACAGAGCUGGCAAUGACCACAACACAAUUGAAAAUCAUGACGCGAAGUUAUUUUGGCACAGGAGAGUGUUUGACACUUCAAAAAUGA